AUGCUUGUGCGCGUUCAGUCGGUGCCGGCGGCUGCCUCUAGCGCCGUUGUCUUCCACUGGUGGUCCGUCAUCGUCUCUGCCCUCCUGUUUCUCAAUGUCGUGAUCAUGCCGCUCAAGGCGUACAUCUCGGAGCCGCUUCCAUGGGCAUUGACGCUGCAAGAGAGCAUAAGUGGCUGUACUAGCAACUUUACGGCGUGCGAGGCAUCGCUUUUGACUGCUUUUCGCGCUCGCAGCCGCAGCAUGCCCAACGGCACGAGCUACGUAUUUGGUAGCACGUUCGAUUUGGUGCGACUGCCUCUGACCAUCGGCGUCAAAUCCAACGAGGACACAUCAUUUCUUCUUCAGACCACGUACGGUCAGUUUUACUCGACGCGCGUGCGUCGAGAAAUCCUUGAAGUCGGCGCCCGGCGGCGCAACGCCACAGACUUUCACGCGCUUCAGGUCUCGCGCAUGGCGGGCGUGGUUGCUGCCUACACCAUCUUUUGGACCGACGUCAGCAUCACCGAGAGCCCAUCUGAGAUACAUCUGUACGUCGGUAUGCAAUUACCCUCCUACUCCGCAGCGUGGCACUGGAGCAAGUUUCUCGGACGUUGUUGUAUGGCUGGUGCUCUCGCCUGGCUCAUGUGGCGGCGCUACUAUCGUCACUUUGUGCACUUAGCGAAGAGCUUGCGCCGGGUGGGCCUCCCUAUCACAGCGCCCAAGCAGCGCUAUUACGUGAUUGUUGGGGAUCCAACGAGCCUUGUGCUCUCGGAACCAAUCCUGUGCGGUUUGUUCAUUUGCGAUUUCUUUGUCAGUUCCGAUUUUGCCUCCCGCGCCCUGGUGCGUAUUUGCCAGACGCACGACUGGGUCGCCUUUCUCACAGCGAGCUUGUACCUCUCGCGGACCGUCUGGUGUGGGUAUGCAUCGAUGGCUCUCGUAUCCAAGGUGCUCCAAAAAUACCCGUCGCUCGCAUUCGAGCCCGUGGACCCGGGCAUCUUGGCAGUCGUGAUCUUCGUAGUCGCGGGGCCCGUCACGUAUCUCCAGUCUCGAAGCUUGCUCGUUAUCACUAUUUACACCGCGAUCGACUCGUGCCUGCUCUCAGAACGCGGUCAAGAAGAGGGUACCGAGGGGUUACUCGGCGCCGUCUUUUUCGUCACUGUCUUUGCAUCGCUGCCGCUUCUUUAUGGGUUUGGUAUGCCUCUCUUGAGCCGCUUUUGGCGUCGUGGGCAAGUAGCUCCGGGACCACGCAUUGCGGCGAAAACCAUGAGCUCGAUCCUCGGUGGUGCCUUCGAUACGAACGACGCCAAGCAUCGGUGGCUCCUCCGCUUGAAUCUUCUCGUAUUUCGCGCCUCGAUCAAGACAACAGGGUUUCAAUCGACAGGCGGCAGUCUAAACGCGCUCUUCGCCACCGACGCUUGCUACAAGCGGCACCGGGGUAUCAGUCAAACGGGAACCGACGCCUACAUUCUCUAUGUAGCGACGUCGGCGGAUGCAAUCAACGGGCGAUGGACGAGCGCUCGACUUGGUCUGCUUUCGUGCGCGCACACGCUGCCAAUGAUGUGCGACGCCACCAAGAUGCCACUCGCGUGCGCCGUCAGCUGGCUCGAGCUCCAUCCGUCGAUAUUACUACAUCACGGCGUCGAUGCGUCGCCAUGGGUUAUGUAAUAGCUCCAGUACAAUGCAAUACUGGUAGGAACCUCUGGUGAAACCAGCCCACCGAGGAGUACAUGUAAUUGUCUGUCGGUCUAACUCAGGGUCCGCGUGCAAUGAUUGGUAG